AUGGGGGGUAUUGAGGGGCGGGGCUUGCGGGGGGGGGGUGGGGGCGGGGCUUACCACAUCCUCCCCUCUGAUUGGCAGCUCCUGGACCUGCCCCCGGCCCCGCCCACCUCCGCCAUCCACGUCCGGGUCACGUGGGCGCGGGGCCCCGCCUCCGCCGAGCUCACCCUCCAAUCAGGCGAGAAAGAGGCCUGGUGGCAGCAGCCAAUCGCAGCGCGGGAGCUGUUCUGGCCGGAAGUGGGCGUGGCCGAGGCGGGGCUGCUGCAGGAGCAGGUUCAAUGGUGCCGGGAGCUGCGGGAGCUGGAGCCCCACAGCAGGGGCUGCCUGCUGGCCCUGGCGCUGCUGCUCUGGGCCCUGGAGCCGCUGGAGCACGAGGAGGAGACGCGGAGCUGCCUGAAGGAGCUGCAGGCAGCGGACCCGCUGAGGCGGGGCUUCGUCAGCGAUGCUGCGUCCCGAUUGGAGGUGGCGGCGGCGCUGCUGCGCAGGGGGGCGGGGCCUGAAGGGGAGCUCCGCCUCCGAGGGAAGGCGCUGACGUCACUUCCCCUGCUGGAGCACCUGACCCUGGUGCCCCACCUGGACCUGGCCCACAACGGCCUCGGGGGGCUCCCGGCAGCCAUGGGGGCCCUGCGGCGCCUCAAGGUGCUGGACGUGGCCCACAACCGGCUCCGGAGCCUUCAGGGCUUCCCCCCCCUGCCUUGGCUGGAGGAGCUGGGGCUGGAGGGGAACCCCCUCGACCACGCCUCCGCCCUCUCGCCAUUGGCCGCCUGCCCCCGCCUCGCUCGCCUCCGAUUGGCCGGCACGCCGCUCGCCUCCGCCCCCGGCGCCGCCCACCACGUGGGGCUCCUCCUGCCCGGCGUUGACGUCAGCUGGGGCUGAGCGUGGCCACGC